AUGGCCAAGGUAGUAACCAAGCACCCCCGCCUCUCUUACGAUGCUGCCAUGCUCUUCUGGCGCAUUGUUACCCAGAUAUUCUUUCGCGAGGUCCGACCCAGAGGUGCAUUCAAUAUACCACGUUCAGGGCCCGUAAUAUUCGUUGGGGCACCUCACAGUAACCAGUUUCUCGAUCCCCUUCUGCUGAGUCUCGAAGUCUACAAGGAGACACAUCGCCAUGUCCAAUUUCUUACGGCAGCGAAGAGUAUGCAAAGGAAGGCGGUUGGGUUCUUCAGUCGGAUGAUGGAAAGUAUCCCGGUGGCUCGUGCUGCUGAUUCUGCCAGUCCCGGUACUGGAAGAUUGCGAAUCUCUCCUGAUGAUCCAUGCAUUGUAUUGGGCGACGGAACUCGGUUCCUAUCCGAAUUGUCGCCAAGGAUGCAAAUCAUGCUUCCCAAAUCUGUCAACUCGUUGGUCGCCGAAGUUGUGGAAGUUGUAUCCGAUACCGAGUUGAAAGUGAAACGCGAAUUUGGUGGUGAGAAAGGGACAGCAAAGGUCCGAGACAAGAUUACCGAACUGGAGGCUGCAGGAGAGAAAGGAGGUCUUCCAUUCAAAAAGCUCCCUUUUGUGGACCAGCAAGAAAUGUACCGAUACGUUUAUGAGUGCUUACAAAACAACGGGAGCAUUGGCAUUUUCCCUGAAGGUGGUAGUCACGAUCGAACUGAUUUACUCCCUUUGAAGGCCGGUGUCUCUAUAAUGGCUUUGGGUGCCAUGGCGAACAACCCCGACGUUCGAGUGAAAAUUGUUCCUGUAGGAUUGUCCUACUUCCAUGCUCACCGCUUCCGCUCCCGCGCAGUUGUGGAAUUUGGCGGCGCUCUAGAUGUUCCUGAGGAAUUAGUGGAAAUGUUCAAACAAGGAGGCACUCAGAAGCGCGAAGCCGUUGCGAAAUUUUUGGACCUCGUUUAUGACGCGCUCAAAACUGUCACAGUUCGGGCUCCCGAUUAUGACACCCUCAUGUUGAUUCAAGCGGCGAGGAGACUGUACAAAACACCAGGUCAGCACCUGACGUUAGGUCAGGUUGUUGAGUUGAACAGGCGGUUAUUGGAAGGAUACACACAUUUUAAGGAUGAACCUCGAGUAGUGAAACUUCGGAAAAACGUACUGAAGUACAACCGCCUUCUUCGAGAUCUUGGUCUCCGAGACCACCAGGUCCCCCGAGCGGUUAAGGCUAGCUGGGCGACCUUAGGUCUUCUGGGAUACCGGAUUGCUCUGCUAUUAGUUUGGAGUAUUUUGGCCCUACCAGGGACAAUACUGAACGGCCCAAUGUUCAUCAUUGCGUCUGUCCUUUCUCGAAAGAAAGCCAAAGAGGCUCUAGCUGAAUCCGUCGUCAAAAUUGCGGCUCGUGACGUGUUAGCGACCUGGAAAGUUUUAAUAUCUCUAGGUGUUGCUCCCUUACUGUAUGGUUUCUAUGCGUUUGUUGCCACGCUUUGGUCCAUUCGCGUGAAUUCCCCCCUCAAAUGGAGAAUAGCCACACCUUUCAUGGUGAUUUUGUCCUUGCCCUUUAUGAAUUUUGCAGCUCUGAAAUUCGGCGAGGCUGGGAUGGACGUUUUGAAAUCUUUGAGACCACUGAUCGUGGCACUCGUCCCAGGCCAACAGCGAUCCCUUGACAAAUUGAAAGCUAUGCGUACUCAAUUAUCCAAUGAGGUCGUGGAUGUCAUCAACGAUUUUGGACCCAAACUGUACGAAGAUUUUAAUGAGACACGAAUGUUGCCUACCUCCAGUGUACCUUCUUCCAGUGGAAAGUCUGGCCUGUGGAGAAGAACGAGUAGUACGGGGGCUGUCGAUGCUCAAGGUCUGGGUCUCAUUCAUCCCAUGACAUGGAUCGAUGAACGUCUUUUUGGAUGGAGUCGGAGUGCCCGUCGUGGAACUAGUGCUUGGAGUGGAGGCGAUGAAACUAGUAGAGUUGGCACCCCCGAAGACUCGGACGAAGAGGAUGCCGGUGACUACGAUAAUGUCCUUGGCUAUUUACCGGGACAAGAUGGCCAGUCUAGCGCAAGCUACAAAGCACGAAGUCGGGCAAACUCGUACGCUGAUCUACAACGAAUGCGACUCUCCCCUCUGCAACCUAUGGCAGCCCCCCCGAAAUUCUAUCAAAACGAGACGACAAGUCCCACGUCUUCGACGACAGAAUUAGAUGGGAUACAUUUCCGUAGAGGCCGUAGGAAUCGUAAGUCCAGUCUAUCAGAUGGCGUUCCAGUGGAACGCAUUGCUUCUGUCGACCGUGGGGAAAGCUUCAACGCUGCAACAAGUCAUCUGAAUGAUGAGAUACGGCUGAGAAAGGAGGGUGGGUCAGAACACCACGGGUGA